AUGGCAGAUAUUGAUGAUGGUACAUCUGCACCAGCGGAACCUCUUGAUUUGGUGCGACUUUGUCUCGACGAGGUUGUUUAUGUGAAAUUGAGGGGAGACAGAGAAUUGAAAGGAAGGCUACAUGCUUAUGAUAGUCAUUGCAAUUUAGUAUUAGGGGAUGUGGUAGAGACAAUUUAUGUUGUGGAAGAGAGCGAAGAAGAUGAUGGAGAGGAGAUCGUAAAGACGGUUGUCAAGAAAUCCGAGAUGUUAUUUGUUAGAGGCGAUAGUGUUAUACUUAUCUCGCCCAGAUCCUCGUAA